AUGUCUCGAGCUCUCCAACAACUUCUAAACCCAGUUGAUGAUGAGGACGAUCUGACGGUUGAUGGACCUUUCCGUCCAAAUGAAUUUGUGAAUAAUGUGGCCAUCAACCAUGCGGAUUUCCUCGGCGCUGGAAAUAGCUAUGGCGGAGAAUUUUUCAAUGAUGUUCCCAUCUUCCAAGGGGAUUUCCUUUCCGAUGUUUCCAGCUCGACAAUGGUUGAUCCCGAAUUCAGCCAGCAGUCAGAUACUACCACAAUGGGCAGCGAAACUGAGUACAGCUUGGACGCCGAUCUAUUAGAAUGGCAAAACACCGUAUUGCUACAAGAGAAUCUUCAAGAGAAUCUUCAUCACAGCCUUGAUUGGCCUCAACCUUCAUUUGUGCCCCAGCAGAUAUCCCAGGCUUCAUCGCUUUCGCCUAUGUCAGAUCAAUAUGCCACACAGUCCGUCGCACAGGUGGAUGACGUGGACACUGUUGUAUGCUAUGGAAUGCUGCAUUCAAUAGAUAUCAAAUUAGUCGGUGACCUGUCGUCGAUCGACGUGGGGCUCCGGGCGUCCGAGUCGAUAUAUCAGCGUUUCGAACUCUCGAACGAGCAAGAUAACAUCAUCAUACGCUUCCCUGGAAAUAGAGACAAAUUUGGAUACCUACGCUCAGCCGAGACCAAGACAAUCUCACAGGUGCUGUCCCACCGUGUAACGUUCGAACCAGUUGCCCUCAAGGCGGCUCUUCGAGAGGUUAUCGGGCGCGUGCACAAGCCGGCAGAUGCAAUGGUAAAAUUAGACAUCAAUGUGUACGGGCCGCGGCAAGAGUCGUCACGUGUGAGUGAUACACUAUCCCGCGGCAAGCUUUGGUUGCAGAGACCAGAUCAUAGUAGAGAAGGGGUCAUUUAUGAGAACCCACAUUUCUUGAAGCUGAAAAUCAACGGUGAUCGGGAGAGAACUCUGCUACCAGUAGAGCAUGUAGUGGGUAGCGUGGCACCGAGGAGAAGUGUUAGGGAAGAACAGCUUCGAAAACUGGUGGAGGAGGUAUAUCAAUCAGUCGACAACAGCCGCGAGCUUGAAAGGGUUGACGGGGGAGCAAGGGUCACCCAAAAGUUACUCAGACACCAGCAAGAAGCUUUAGCUUUUAUGCUCGAGCGAGAAUCUGGUCACAUUGCUGAGAGGUAUAGGCUUUGGCGGGAGGUUACUUUGGAAGGUAAAGUAGAGUAUCAACAUAAGAUCACCAAGGCCAGGAGAUCAAUUCGGCCAGAGGAGUCAGGAGGUGGCAUCUUGGCUGACGAAAUGGGGAUGGGGAAGUCGCUUUCCAUUCUAGCGUUGGCCAUGAAGACGCUCGACGAUGGCCAGCAAUGGGCCGACGAGUUGAACAUUGGCCCUGUGGGCAAGAAGCCGAUCAAGCAUUCUCGUUCAACGCUCAUCGUUGUCUCAUCCGGCUUAUUGAUUACCAACUGGGAGACUGAAAUAACAAGCCAUCUCCAAGCAGGCCUCAAGGUAAUCGUAUACCAUGGGCGACGAAGGGAGAAGGAUGUCGACAACAUACAAGACUCGGAUAUUGUCUUGACCACAUAUAGCACACUUGCAGUCGAAUAUCAAAGGAAGAAAGUUGAACCCUCCAUCUUACAUCUCAUUGGAUGGUAUCGGGUAGUUCUAGACGAGGCUCACAUCAUUCGCCGCCCUUCCGGAACCUUUUAUCAUUCCUGCAGUGAACUGAGCGCUCACUCCCGCUGGUGCCUUACUGGUACACCCAUUCAGAACAAACUAGCCGAUAUUGGGACACUCUUCUCCUUCAUCCGCGCCGAACCCUUCAACAAGGCCGCAACCUUCCGCAGGUGGAUCGACAUAGCCUUUGAGCAUACCGCAGAUGACCCUAAGCACGUUAAAAACCGCCUGGUCAUGCUUCUCGAGGCUUUCUGCUUGCGGCGGACAAAGGAGAGGCUGGAAUUGCCAAACGUGCGGCAAGACAUCCGCUGGCUGGAUUUCAGCCCCGAGGAGCGCACGCAGUAUGACAGCACGCAGCGCAUUCUGAUGCGUUCAAUCAAACAGCGCGUCGGAGAGACGGAAAAGGGCUCCAAAUUCGGACUGUUCCAAGCGAAUCUGCAGCUACGUAUUCUUUGCAACCAUGGAACGUUCCAGAAGCCAUUUUCAUGGCAACGGCGUAUUUACCAAGAUGAGAGGGAGGCGAAAGGGUGCGCACUGGGAAGGGAUGAGGAAAUAAAGUGUUCUGUUUGCCAGCAGCCCAUGCCGGUUGUCGGGUCAAGCUGGUUGGGAAACAUGUUUGAAGACCACUGUUCGCAUGUACUGUGCUCGGAGUGUAUUCAAGAGUCGACGAUGCCCGACUCUGGGCUGCAGAUACGUCGCUGUCCUGUGUGUGUGGAAUGGCGGAGGCCUCAAACUGUCGAGGGCAUCGGCUCAGAGGUUGCCGCAAAUGGUGAAUCCGGGGAUAUUGACAUGACUGAUGGCCCUGUUAGGAGGACCUCUAUUGGUGACGACCAUGACUACUACUUCAGCUCGGAGGGACAUUCCACCAAAAUGAAGAAGUUGGUUGAAGAUGUGGCAAAAGAUCUCUGGGAGACCAAAAGCAUCAUCUUUUCGUGUUGGACGCGAACGCUGUAUUUGGUGUCAAGGCACCUACAUAAAGCCAAUAUUCCUUUUCUAUGCAUCGACGGAAACUGCCCACUUCAAAAGCGGCAGGAAAACCUUGAAAUGUUCGAGAAAAGCAACGAGAAGCCUGUCCUUAUCAUGACAACAGGUACCGGCGCUUUCGGUCUCAACCUAACAUGUGCCAACCGAAUCUUCAUUGUCGAGCUACAAUGGAAUCCAAGUGUUGAAUACCAGGCCAUCGCCCGCGCCAUCCGAUUUGGCCAAAAAAGCGAGGUCCAAGUCAUGAGAUACAUCAUCCGACACACGGUUGAAGAGGAGAUGAGAAAGCAACAGCAAUGGAAGAAACAACUCGCCACCUUUGGAUUUGACGAGCCUGUAGACGAGAUGGAUGUGGAGGAGCAACAACCGUAG